ACUUUUUGACAUAUUGCGUCAGGUUAAAAAUCAAUUUUAACCCGGCAAAUCAUUAAUAAAAGAAAUGGCAAGUUUAAGUGAAAAAAUUCUUCAAUAUAUCUCAGAAAACGAUGAGGUAACCACGUUAAAAUUAGCGACCGUUUUUAAAGAAGACCAUCAAAAAGUAGUUGGGGCCCUAAAAAGUAUUCAAACAUACGGUGAUUUAGUCAUUGCCGAUCCUUUAAGUGAUAAAACGUUGGGUUUAACAGAAGAGGGUUUGUUGUUUGUAAAAAAUGGAAGUCAUGAAGCUGUAAUUUAUAAUGCAAUACCCGAAGGAGGUAUUAAUCAAAAGGAAUUGAUGAAUUUACCAAAUGGAAAGAUUGGGUUUAGUAAAGCGAUGUCUUCAGGAUGGAUUUUAGUUGAUAAAAGCUCCGGUCAACCAAUUGCUAAAAAGAAAAUCCCCGAAAUUAUUGAUACAGUUCGAGACCAUCUUAUCCAAAUUUCCCAAAAUAAUUGUUCUGAAAUCACCGAUAGCUUAAAACAAGAGUUUAAAAAGCGGAAAUUAGUGCAAGAAAAUACAAUUAAAUAUUACUUAUUAAAAAGAGGGCCUGAAUUUACAACAACUUUAGCUAAAUUAGAAACUGAUUUAACUUGGGAAAUGUUAAGUACAGGAAGUUGGAAAAACCUAAAGUUCAAAGAUUAUAAUUUAGAUGCUUUGGGUGUUCCACCUGAAUCUGGAUAUCUACACCCUUUACUUAAAGUUCGAUCGGAAUUUCGCCAAAUAUUCUUAGAAAUGGGAUUCUCAGAGAUGCCUACUAACAAAUAUAUCGAGAGUUCUUUUUGGAAUUUUGACGCCUUGUUUCAACCGCAACAACAUCCCGCACGAGAUGCACAUGAUACCUUUUUCAUAUCCGAUCCACAAAUAACUACGAAAUUUCCUAUGGAUUAUUUAAAAAAAGUUAAGGAGGUUCACAGUAACGGGGGUUAUGGUUCUAUUGGGUACCGAUACGAUUGGGAACUGUCUGAAGCACAAAAAAAUCUUUUACGAACCCACACAACAGCAGUGAGCGCAAGAAUGCUUUAUAAUUUAGGUCAAGAAAAAGAAUUCCACCCCGCAAAAUUUUUCAGUAUUGAUAGAGUUUUUCGUAACGAAACUUUAGAUGCAACACAUUUAGCUGAAUUUCAUCAAGUUGAAGGUGUUAUUGCUGAUUACAAUUUAACUCUUGGUGAUCUUAUCGGGGUUUUCACCGAGUUCUUUAAAAAAUUAGGAAUUACCGAAUUAGAAUUUAAACCUGCUUAUAAUCCUUAUACUGAGCCAAGCAUGGAAAUUUUUUGUUUCCAUAAAGGUUUGGGGAAAUGGAUCGAGAUUGGAAACUCAGGAAUUUUUAGGCCGGAAAUGUUACUCCCGAUGGGUUUGCCUGAGGAUGUUAGGGUUUUAGCUUGGGGGUUAUCUUUAGAAAGACCGACUAUGAUUAAAUAUGGAUAUAAUAAUAUUAGAGACUUAGUGGGGCCAAAAGUUGAUUUAAUGAUGGUCCAAAAUAGUCCAAUUUGUAGAUUAGAUAAAUAAAUUUGACGUUUAUAUUUAAACAAUAAAAAUAUAUGGGUUAAUAUUUAUAA